ACAAAAUCGAAGGAGUCGAGACAAAAUCGUCGUAUGCAAUGUUGUGUCUUUUCGUUACAAACAGCAGCGCUGGGUUGCACCGAAUUGUCUGGGGCGCUGGCCAAUUUCAUAUGAAAAACAGUCUGCGAUCUUUACAAAAGAAUCAAGUUUCAACUCUUCGCCAAAUUCACAAAUGCGGCGUGCUUGCAAGCACAGAAACAACUCAGAAGAGGCAAAACAAGAAAAAGCGCAAACGAGAUAUAGAAAAGGCGUCGGGUGACUGUCUUUGCAUCACUAACGCAACGGCGGAUAAGUACAAAAUGAAAAAUUUGGUAUCAGAAAUACUCGGGGACAAGCGGUUUUCGGUCAAAAAUAUGUCAGAAGAGUUUGAUGGUGCUGUAAACAUAGAGGCCAGUGAUGAAAGUGUGAUAGCUCAUGCUGGUUUUUCUGGAGAAAUGUUUAUAUUCAGAGAUGGGGCAAUUUCAUUCUGGAACAUUAACACACCCAUAAUAGAAAAUAUUCUCAAGAUAUCCAAAGUUCAUGCUCAUAAUUCAUAUUCAUCAGAUGUAGUCAACUCAGAGAGUGAAGAAAUGAUAUACAGUUAUGAUGAUGGACCAUCAAGAAUUCAACAAAGUAAAUUCAUUUUGUGUGGGAGCAGUGAACACAAAGAGCUUUCAUUGGAUAUGUUUGCAUUUUCCAAUGCUUUGUGUAGUUCUGUAAAACUUGCUCACUGGGAACAUACUCUGGAUACAUUGAUCAACUCACUUGAAACAGUCCCAAACAGUUUGAUUGAAGGCAGUAGAGUGAAGUAUGAAACACCAGCAAAAAUUUUACGAAAAAUAGGAGAAAUAUUCUUAAUAAGGCACAGAGUCAACCUACAAUACAACCUUCUCGAUGUACCAGAUACUUAUUGGGAUCAUGAAAAUCUGGAAAAGCUUUAUGUGAGUACCACAAGAUAUCUCAACAUAAACAGAAGAGUGCAUCUGAUGAAUGAAAAACUAACAUACUGUGCUCACAUGGCAGAGCUACUGAAGACAGAUCUGCAUGAAAAAAGAUCACUACGUGUAGAAAUAUUGAUUGUACUUCUGAUUUUUAUUGAGAUUGUUUUUGAAGUACUUCACUUAUUUGUCCUCCCACUUCUCAAAACCAGCGAAAAUGAUUCUAGUGGACUGGAGGAGGAUGAGUGAGAUGAGUGCUGAACAGUCGAUUGAUCAGUUCGGCUUUUCACCAUGAUCCUGA